UAUUGGUGCACACUGCACAUUUAAAUGGAGAAACCCCUCCGUCCAAUCACUGCAUCCUCCCAUAACAGUUAACUUGACGAUCCUCAUGCCUCCGUGUGAGCCUGGACAAAGUACAAAGAACUGUCAGCAGGACACAAAGUGGCUCUUCUGCAGAAGUGUGGAGGAAACAGACAGUUCCUUCAGAGGGAUGUGUGGAUGUUGCUCCUGUUGAUUUAACCUCAUAAUGAUAUAUACCUGCAUGCUUUAAAGACGUUAAGAUGACCUCACUGGAGCUAUACAGCAAGGGAGCAAGGGUGUGGGUUCCUGACCCGGAUGCUGUUUGGGUGUCAGCUCUGCUCCUCAAGGACUACAGCCCCGGAGAUAAUAACCUGCUGCUACAGCUCUCUGAUGGGGAGGAGGCCCAUUUCCCUUUGGCGUCCCCCUCUGAUCUCCCCCCGCCGGGGAACCCUGACAUACUGGAGGGGGAGAACAACCUGACGGCUCUCAGCUUCCUCCAUGAACCUGCUGUCCUGCACAACCUGCGGGUUCGAUUCCUGGACUACAACAGCAUCUACACGUACUGUGGUAUCGUGUUAGUGGCCAUUAAUCCCUAUGACCAGCUGCCCAUAUAUGGAGAGGAGGUGAUCGAUGCUUACAGCGGGCAGGACAUGGCCGACAUGGAGCCUCACAUCUUUUCUGUGGCCGAGGAAGCCUACCGCACCAUGAUCAGGGAGGAUAAAAACCAGUCGAUCAUCAUCAGUGGAGAGUCUGGCUCGGGGAAAACAGUCUCAGCCAAAUUCACCAUGCGAUACUUUGCUGUGGUCGGAGGAGCGGCCCAGCAGACCAGCGUGGAGGAGAGGGUUCUGGCCUCCAACCCAAUCAUGGAGUCUAUUGGGAAUGCUAAAACCACUCGCAAUGACAACAGUAGUCGUUUUGGGAAGUACAUCGAGAUCGGCUUUGGCAGAAAAGGAGACAUCAUCGGGGCGAACAUGAGGACGUAUCUCCUGGAAAAGUCUAGGGUUGUCUUCCAAGCAUCAGCAGAGAGGAACUACCACAUCUUCUACCAGCUGUGUGCCUCCAGAGAGUUGCCUGAAAUUAGAUCCUUUAAACUGGAUGCACCUGAGAAUUUCCGCUACACCAGCCAGGGAGGAGAGAUGCAGAUUCCUGGCACUGAUGACCUGUUGGACCUGGAGCGCACUCGCAACGCUUUCACCAUCCUGGGUGUGCAGCCUGACCAGCAGAUGGAGCUCUUCAGGAUCCUGGCAGCUGUUCUGCACCUCGGAAAUGUCAACAUCCAGGCCAGUGGGAGAAAUUCUGACCGGAGUUAUAUUGAUGCAGACGACCGCCCCCUGGCAGUCUUCUCUAAGCUGCUGGGAGUGGACGGACCUCAGACGGCCCACUGGCUGUGUCACCGCAGGCUGGCUGUGGGGGGGGAGAUGCUGGUGAAGCCGGUGUCCGGUCAGCAGGCCUUAGAAGCCAGAGAUGCCCUCUCCAAACACAUCUAUGGUCAGCUGUUCACAUGGACUGUCCAGAGGCUCAACUCCGCCCUGCACAGCCAGAAGGGACAAACCAAGUCCUUUAUAGGGGUGCUUGACAUCUAUGGGUUUGAGACUUUUGACCGGAACAGUUUUGAGCAGUUCUGUAUAAAUUAUGCCAAUGAAAAACUGCAACAGCAGUUCAACAGGCAUGUGUUCCACUUGGAGCAGGAGGAAUACAUCCGGGAGGAGCUGGCCUGGAGCCGGAUCGAGUUCAGUGACAAUCAGCUGUGCAUCAAUCUGAUCGAGGGGCAGCUGGGCCUGUUCGAUCUGCUGGACGAGGAGUGCAGGAUGCCCAAAGGUUCAGAUGAAAGCUGGGUACGGAAGCUGUACGACCAACACCUGAGCAGCAAGCCCCACCCUCACUUCCAGAAACCCCGCAUGUCCAACAGCGCCUUCGUCGUUCUGCACUUCGCUGACACGGUGCAAUAUGAAUGUGAUGGCUUCUUAGGAAAGAAUCGAGACACAGUCUUUGAGGAGCUCAUUAACAUCCUCCGAGCAAGUCAGUCCGAGCUGGUGGCCGAGUUGUUCCAGCAGCAGGGAAACGCUCCAUCUGUGGCUAAUGGAAGUGUUCGCUCAGGAAAAAGAGCCACCAGAGAACAUAAACUGACAGUGGGUUUCCAGUUCCGACAGUCCCUAGAGAUGCUAAUGGACACUCUGAACAGCACCACUCCUCACUAUGUCCGCUGUAUUAAACCCAACGAUCUCAAAGAACCAUUUAUGUUUGACCCUAGAAGGACGGUCCAGCAGCUGAGAGCCUGUGGGGUGCUGGAGACAAUUCGUAUCAGUGCUGCAGGUUUUCCAUCCAGGUGGACGUACGAGGAGUUCUUCUGCAGGUACCGCCUCCUGCUUCACGGUCCCCUGACCCAGGAUCAGGCUCAGGCCUCCUGCAGACUCACCCUGCCUCAGCUCAUCCCGGACCCGGACCAGUACUGCUUCGGGAAGACCAAAGUGUUUUUCCGGGCCGGUCAGGUGGCUCUCCUGGAGAGGCUGAGAGCUGAGAAGCUGCGUGUCGCCGCGGUGAUCAUCCAGAGCCGGGUCAGAGGAUGGCUCGCCCGGGUCAGAUUCACCCGGAUCAGCUGGGCGACCGUCACCAUCCAGAGAUACUGCAGAGGAGCUCUAGCCAGGCGACUGGCCCUGACUAUGCGCUACACUAAGGCUGCUCUAGUGAUCCAGAAGACAUACCGCAUGGUGGCCGUCAGGCAGCUGUUCCUCAUGAUCCGACAGGCCACCAUCACCAUCCAGGCCUUCAGCAGAGGAACCAUGGCCCGCCGCAGAUACAGACAGGUGUUGGUGGAGCGUGCUGCUGUGCUGCUCCAGGCGAGGGUGCGUGGGUGGAUGGCAAGGCGGGCGUACAGGCGGGUUCGUGCGGCGGUGGUGUUCAUGCAGUGCUGCGCGCGCCGCAGGGCUGCCAGGAGAGAGCUGAUGAAACUGAAGACAGAGGCCCGAUCCGUGGAGAAGUUCAGAGAGCUCAACAAGGGCAUGGAGGUCAAACUGAUGCAGCUGCAGCUCAGAGCAGACCAGGAGGCCAGGGAGGCUGCAGCUUUGAGAGAGACGCUGCACGCCGAGCGAGAGGCCGGCAGCGCUGAGCUGGAGGCUCUGAAAGUGACGGUACAGAAACUGGAGAGCCAGAAACAAGAGAAACCUCCACCCUGCCCUGUCAUCAGCGAGAAGGAGGUGGAGGAAAGGAGGAGAGCUGAGGAGAAAGCUGCACAGGACAUCCUGCAACUCACACAAGAGUUGCAAGCCCUGCAGAGAGAAAAGGACGGUUUCUGCAAAGAGAAAGAGGAUCUCUCUGCUCGCUUGUUUGAACAAGAACAAGCACAAGAAGAGUGUGUGCAGCAGGCUGUGUCUCAGGCGAGUGCAUCUCUGAGGGCGGAGCUGGAUGAGGAGAGGAGGAAGUACCAGGGUCUCCUGAGAGACUUCACCAGACUGGAGCAGAGAUACGACAACCUCAGGGAGAUGAGUCUGCUCACCGAGGGCACCAAAGUCCACAGAAGGACGGACUCCACUCAGAGUCUGAGUUUAGAACUUCCCUCUCCCUCCACCGCCCCGCUGUCACCCUUCUCAUCCUUCUCAUCAUGCUUUCCCUCCCCAGAGGAGGUCCGCAGGGUCAGCGUGACUUCUCCCACCCUGGAGUGGAGAGAGUCAGUGUGGAGCUUCCAAACACCAAUGGAUCAGCUGAUGGUGAGCAUGGACAUGGCCAAAGACCCGGCUGUGAAGAUGAAAGGAGAGGACCUGGCACACGCUUAUGAUGCUGUUCGAGUGGCCAACAAACUCCUGGAGAGCCAGCUGCGCAGUCAGAGCCAUCAGAGGGAGGAGGAGCUGGAGGCUCUGAGGGGCCAGAUCAGUGCAGCUAGCUGUGGCUCUUCCUCUGCUGCAGGGCCACAGGAGCUGCAGGAAGUACUAGAGGCCAAAGAGCAGGAGUGUGUGAGACUGAGGAGAGAGCUGAAGGAGCUUAAAAACACAGUGUCGCUCAGACGACUCCUGACACAAGUUCUCCCGUCAGCGUUCACAGCAGAGACUUCCUCCUGUCCUUCCCAAUCAAAGCCGGCAGUCACUGGUUUGCUGGAGUGCAGAAAGAAGGAUGAAAACAAGCUCAUUAAAAACCUCAUCAUAGACGUCCGUGUGGACAGCGCCCUCUCUCUUCCUCCCGGCCUGCCUGCCAGCGUCCUCUUCCUCUGUGUCCGUCAGGCGGACUGCAGCGGGGAUCAGACGCAGGCCCGCUCCCUCUGCAGCGCCGCUGUCACCGCCAUGAAGGCUGCUCUGAAGAAACACAGUAAAGAUGUAGACAUGACAGCUCUGUGGCUGAAAAACGCCUGUCUGCUGCACGACCUGCUGCGCCAGCACUCCCCGAAACAGACCCUUGACUCGGACGACCUAGCUCCUCUGACCGUUGAUCUGAGUGACUUGAUCCGCGCCCUGAGUGACCUCUGCAUCCAGGUCUAUCAGCAGCUCCUCUCCAUCACUGAAAAAGGCCUGCAGAACAUCAUCGUCCCUGCUAUGCUGGAGAGUGAGACCAUCUCCGGUCUCUCUGGCUCCACGGUGAAGUUGGCAGCGUCCAGAAAGCGAGCCGGCUCUGACCCCCGACCUGUGGGAGGCGAUGCUCCAUCGAUGGCGGCGGUGCUGAGGGAGCUGGGGGCGCUGCACACCGCCCUGUCCCAUCAGGCUCUGCCCCCCUCUCAGAUGGAGCAGGCCUUCCGCCAGCUCACCUACCUCAUCUCCGCCUCCGCUCUCAACAGCCUGCUGCUGAGGAAAGACAUGUGCUGCUGGAGCCGCGGCAUGCAGAUACGCUAUAAUGUGAGUCUGCUGGAGGAGUGGCUGCGGAGCAAAGGGCUGCAGGCAGGGGGCGCUGUGGCCACACUGGAGCCCCUCAUCCAGGCGGUUCAGCUGCUGCAGGCCGGGAAAAAGAGCGAGGCGGAUGCAAAGGCCCUCGUUCAGACCUGCACUGCCCUGUCCAGCCAGCAGAUUGUGAAGAUCCUGACCCUCUACACGCCCCACGGUGACCUCGAUGAAAGAGUCACACUGAAUUUCAUCCGUACUGUCCAGGGUCUCCUGAAAGGCUCCUCUGACGGCCAGCCUCCGCAGCUCCUCAUGGAUGUGAGACGAGUGUUUCCUGUCACAUUUCCCUUCUCGCCUCCUGCCGCCCUCCACGCUGAGCAGUUAGUCAUCCCAGACUCCCUCAAGAUCUCCUUUCUACGCAGAGCCUAGAACAGCGUGCAUGCCCUUGUCAAUUAAAAAUGUGGUAAUUUUGUAUCUAAUUUGAACUUCCAACCUAUUUAAUGUAGUCCUUUGAAAUGUAAAUAACUUCCAGGAGGUGUUGUGAACCUAAUUCCUGAUUUUUGUAUCGUGGCACUUACCUUGUUUAAUUAAUAUGUUAAUUAUCAGUGGAUUAGUGACUGAACUGCAGAAGGUCACAGGUUAAUCAUGUAAAUCUUAGAUAACUAAAACGGUAUGAAGAGGUGUUGCUUAAACAAUGUUGUAAAGAUAAGGAUAAAAUUAGGCAAUUAUGUAGUCAGGAUUAGCAAAUGUGCAGAUAUAUCUUGGUGCAUUUUGAAAGAAAUAGCAAUGACAUUAAGCCUUUUUUCAUAUUUUAUUGGAAGCAGAAACACAACGAGACUGCAGUCCCAGUAACCCUAACCCCCAAUAAGAACAACCAGAAUAAAAAAAACGCAAAAAAUUAGAAACAUCUCGUGUAUAAAAAAAUUCUCAUGCGAGUACUUUGUAUCACUACACAGUAAUACAUAUUUAUAUAUUCACAAACAUUUGAAAAAUAGAAAACAAUAAUGAAAUAUCAAAAUAAAAGGAGACAACGAUUGGCAGUUUAACAUCAAGUAGUUAUGCGUGCUGGCACAAUACAUUUUUUUCUUUUUAGUGUCAUUGUUCCUAUCAUGCACUUUUUCUGGAAGUACAGGACUGUCUGAGCAGCCGCCUGUCUGCGUGGCCGGGUCAGCUAGACAGGACAGAUCAUGCAUGUCUGUCUGCGCUCUGUCUGUGUGCUUUUCUUUGUGCUUCUACAUUUAUACGCGUCCUUAACUUCUGUGUGCAUACAUGCCAAUUCAACACCCCAACACGCAAACUGACCCUCUGAGGGAGGAGACUGAAAUAUCAUUGUCAACAGCAAUAAAUAAAGAUUCUUUUUUCGUGGCAUUUCCA